AUGGAGGAUGCUGCAAGGAAGAACGCCCAAACGAACGGGUUUCAUGCUCCCACCAAUGGGCAUCACGCGGAGCAGUUGAAAAUCGCCAUCAUCGGCCAAAGCAACUUUGCCGCGGAGGUGCUCGAAGUGCUGCUUGAACGCGAACACCUGGUGGUUGGGGUGUUCACGAUCGCUGACAAAGGUUCCCGUGAGGAUGUCCUUGCGACGACGGCUCGCAACCAUCGCAUACCGGUGUUCAAGUUCAGCGCCUGGCGUCGUAAAGGCGUCCCAAUACCGGAGGUCCUGGAGCAGUAUCGCUCGGUUGGUGCCAACCUAAAUGUGCUUCCGUUCUGCAGUCAGUUCAUCCCGAUGGAGGUGAUCGAUGGGGCGGCAUUUGGGAGCAUCUGCUAUCAUCCUUCGAUCCUGCCGCUACACCGUGGUGCCAGCGCCAUCUCGUGGACGCUUAUCGAAGGUGACGAACGGGCCGGUUUUUCGGUGUUUUGGGCCGAUGAUGGGCUAGAUACGGGCCCGAUACUGCUGCAGCGCCAGUGUCCUGUCAACGGGGAUGAUACGCUGGAUUCGCUGUACAAGCGGUUCUUGUAUCCUGAGGGCGUAACAGCGAUGGCUGAAGCUGUGGACAUGAUCGCUGCUGGAACGGCACCGAAGAUCCCGCAGACGGAGAUCGGUGCCAGCUACGAUCCAGCGUUGUUUCGCGAGGAAAACCAGCACUUGAACCUCGACCAACCGGCUGUGAGGAUAUUUAACUUCAUCCGUGGACUUGACUCGGUGCCCGGUGCACUGGCCAUCGUGGAAACGGACGCAGGUGUUGACGUACCUGUGCGGUUGUUUGGAGCUUCGCUUAGUGCGAGACGAUGCAUGGCUGAUGGUAAGCCCAUCCGCUUCAAAGGAUCGUCUGCGGUGGCUUAUGUGUGUCGGGAGGGACUUUUCAUCGUUGGAACCGAUGGCAGGUUGGUUCGAGUGAAACGACUCAAACGCGGCAACAAGGUCAUUCCAGCUGGACAGUGGUUCGAGCAGGCUGAUAGCAAGCCAGUGCCACUAGAACUGAGCGAAAAGGAACAGGAGCAAGAGACCGUGUUGCGUGGCAUAUGGAAGUCGAUCUUGAAGGUUGAGAUUGAGCCGGAAACGGACUUCUUCGCGUGUGGUGCCGGUUCCAUGGAUGUCGUACGGCUGGUUGAGGAGGUCAAGGACACACUCGAAGUGCCCGUUGUCAAUGAAACACUCUUCAUGGCACCCGCGUACGGAGAGUUCCUACAAGAGGUCGUGCUGCGGUUGCGUACUGGCGCAGGUGAUCGUGCCUCCGAAACCACGUGCGAGUUCAAACACGUGCUGCUGAAGGCAAACCGUCGUCAAAUCACCGUCCCAACGCAAAUGUUCAUCGGUGGGCGCUUUGUGGACGCAGAGAACGCCAAGACACUGCCGAUUGUCAACCCUACCACGGAGCAGGUGAUCUGUGAUGUGGCGUGUGCUUCACGAGCUGAUGUAAACGCCGCGGUCCAGGCAGCUGACGAAGCGUUCUGCGGGGUUUGGAAGACAGUGAGUGCUCGUGAACGCGGCCAAAUGAUGUACAAGCUGGCGGAUCUGAUGGAGCAACACAAGGAGGAACUGGCGACGAUCGAAUCGAUCGAUUCAGGUGCCGUGUACACGUUAGCACUAAAGACACACGUCGGUAUGUCGAUCGACGCCUGGCGGUACUACGCUGGUUGGGCGGACAAGAUCGAAGGUAGCACCAUUCCGGUGAACCCUGCACGUCCAAACCACGUGCUGACGUUCACGCGAAAGGAACCGAUCGGGGUGUGUGCUCUGAUCACACCCUGGAACUACCCACUCAUGAUGCUCUCGUGGAAAAUGGCCGCGUGCAUCGCAGCCGGUAACACCGUCGUGAUUAAGCCCGCUCAAGUGUGCCCACUGACAGCGCUAAAGUUCGCAGAGUUGACAGUUCGGGCAGGGUUUCCCGCGGGUGUGAUCAACGUUGUCACUGGUGCUGGAUCGCUUGCUGGGCAGGCGUUAGCAGACCAUCCGUUGGUGCGAAAACUGGGCUUCACUGGCUCAACACCGAUCGGCAAACGCAUCAUGGCGUCCUGUGCGGAAUCGAACAUCAAAAAGUGCUCGAUGGAGUUGGGUGGCAAGUCACCGCUUGUCAUCUUCGCGGAUUGCGAUCUGGAGAAAGCGGUACGACUCGGCAUGUCGGCGGUGUUCUUCAACAAAGGUGAGAAUUGUAUCGCCGCUGGGCGGUUGUUCGUGGAGGAUCGCAUCCAUGAUGAGUUCGUGCGUAAGGUGCUAAAGGGUAUACGAUCGAUGAAGAUCGGUGAUCCGUUGGAUCGAGCAACCGCACAUGGACCGCAAAAUCAUCGGGCACACUUUGAGAAGCUGCAGGAGUACUGCACCAUCGGGUUGAAGGAAGGAGCCACGCUGCUUUGUGGAGGUCGACGUGUGGCGAAUAUGAGCGGGUUUUUCUUCGAGCCGACCGUGUUCACGGACGUUGAAGAUCACAUGUACAUCGCUCGCGAGGAAUCGUUUGGACCGAUCAUGGUGAUAUCGAAGUUCCAUGCGAGUGAUUUUGAGGCGUUGGUGGCGCGAGCUAACAACACAGAGUACGGGCUUGCCAGUGGCGUUUUUACGAAGGACAUGCAGAAGGCGUUGCGGUUUGCUGAGCAGGUCGAUGCGGGUACGGUGUUUGUGAAUACCUACAACAAAACGGAUGUGGCCGCUCCGUUUGGUGGUUUCAAGCAGAGCGGUUUUGGAAAGGAUCUAGGAAAGGAAUCCUUGAAUGAGUACCUGAAGACCAAGUGCGUAACUGUAGAAUACUAG